AUGUGGGACAUCAGGAAGGAGUGCAAGCAUGGUAUCGUGCUGUGGAUGAGGCGGAGAUCUCCCAUGUUGGAAAGCUCCCAUGUUUGCUGCUUCGUCGUACACAAGCGGUGCCAUGAAUUUGUUACUUUCUCCUGCCCCGGUGCUGAUAAAGGCCCUGCUUCUGAUGAUCCCCGGAGCAAGCACAAAUUCAAAAUCCACACGUAUUCCAGUCCCACCUUCUGUGACCACUGCGGGUCGUUACUGUACGGGCUCAUCCACCAGGGGAUGAAAUGUGACACCUGUAUGAUGAACGUGCACAAGCGCUGUGUGAUGAACGUCCCGAGUUUAUGUGGAACGGACCACACCGAGCGUCGGGGCCGGAUAUUCAUCAGGGCUGACAUUGAAAAAGAUGUUCUAACCGUUGUAGUAAGAGAUGCUAAAAACCUAGUUCCUAUGGAUCCUAAUGGCUUGUCAGAUCCCUACGUGAAACUUAAACUAAUCCCUGACCCCAAAAACGAAAGCAAACAGAAGACCAAAACUAUAAAGUGCUCCCUGAAUCCUGAGUGGAACGAGACAUUUAAAUUCCAACUGAAGGAGGCAGACAAAGAUAGACGGUUGUCCGUGGAGAUUUGGGACUGGGAUCUGACCAGCAGGCAUGAUUUCAUGGGCUCCUUGUCCUUUGGGAUUUCUGAGCUGCAGAAGGCAGGAGUCGACGGAUGCUUCUGGGAUUUUUUGGAAAUCGGGGCUUCUGAGCGUGUUGUUCAAAACCACGGGGGCCGGGGCUCCCUCGGGGUCCCAGCGCGAGCACUCACUCUCUUUAUCAUGACCUUUCUCCAAACUGUAUUCAGUAAUCUCCCUCUCCCAUCUCCAUCUUUGCAGAGAGCCAAGAUUGGUCCAGGAUCCAAGGCUGCCGACGAGAAGACGACAAAUGCUAUUUCCAAAUUCGAUAACAAUGGAAGCAGAGAUCGGAUGAAGCUCUCAGAUUUCAAUUUCCUGAUGGUGCUGGGAAAAGGAAGCUUUGGAAAGGUCAUGCUCGCGGAGAGGAAGGGCACGGAUGAGCUCUACGCCGUUAAGAUCUUGAAGAAGGACGUCGUUAUCCAGGACGACGACGUGGAGUGCACGAUGGUCGAAAAGCGAGUUCUGGCCCUCUCGGGGAAGCCUCCGUUCCUGACGCAGCUUCACUCCUGCUUUCAAACGAUGGAUCGCUUGUAUUUUGUGAUGGAAUACGUGAACGGCGGGGACUUAAUGUACCAGAUCCAGCAGGUUGGGAGGUUCAAAGAGCCGCAUGCCGUAUUCUAUGCGGCAGAAAUAGCCAUUGGCCUCUUCUUCCUGCAGAGCAAAGGCAUCAUUUAUCGAGACCUGAAGCUGGACAAUGUGAUGCUGGAUAGCGAAGGGCACAUAAAGAUCGCAGACUUCGGCAUGUGCAAGGAGAACAUCUGGGAUGGGGUGACCACCAAGACCUUCUGUGGCACCCCGGACUACAUUGCGCCUGAGAUAAUUGCUUAUCAGCCCUAUGGGAAGUCAGUGGAUUGGUGGGCAUUUGGAGUCCUGCUCUAUGAAAUGUUAGCCGGCCAGGCUCCCUUUGAGGGCGAAGAUGAGGAUGAGCUCUUCCAGUCCAUUAUGGAGCACAACGUAGCCUAUCCCAAGUCCAUGUCCAAGGAGGCAGUGGCAAUCUGCAAAGGGCUCAUGACCAAGCACCCUGCCAAGCGGCUGGGAUGUGGCCCAGAAGGAGAGCGGGACAUCAAGGAGCACGCGUUCUUCCGGUAUAUCGACUGGGAUAAGCUCGAGCGCAAAGAGAUUCAACCUCCCUUCAAGCCCAAGGCUAAGGACAAACGAGACACUUCCAACUUCGACAAAGAGUUCACCCGGCAGCCCGUGGAGCUCACGCCCACCGACAAACUCUUCAUCAUGAACCUGGACCAGAACGAGUUUGCUGGAUUCUCCUAUACUAACCCCGAAUUUGUCAUUAAUGUCUAGAGCCGGGGCGGGCGCUGCCCGCCGCCUGCAGUCAGCAACGUCCGAUCGCCCUGUAAAUACCAACACUCGUCUUCCGGGAUUAGCAGUGCAUACAUACAUAUCCUCAUCAAAAACGUGGCGACCGCUUGUUUUAGGAGGCCUCCAUAUGUAUGUGUCACUUGCUAGCUUGGUCUCUCUAGCUGGGGAUGUCGGGGGCUUGGGUUAGCAGUCAGUGGUACUUCUAGGAGCUCUCGCUGGUGGUGACUAAUAGAAUUUUUAAACAGAAAUACACCAAAUUGCUACAGUCUUUGUAAUUUUUGAAAUCAGAUGCUGAGAUUCCAGUGAACUUAGUUAUUCACAAGUUGUUUCCCUUGAAUGCUAAGCAUGGUUGAUAUUUUAAGCAGUUGUGCUGAAGCUUGCAAUGACUGUGAACUUGUCUUAGAAGAGCCUUUUGUUCAAGACAUGGAUACGUUUGAUCAGUGUGGAAAAGUCUGCUUAUAGACAUAUUUUUAAAUGCAUUGUAUAUACAGUCAGAUUGGCUCACUGAAGCUGUCUUCCUCUUUAGCCUACUGUAAACGUGUGCAUUUCAGUACAUUUUCUCCUAUUACUCAGGCAUUAAGACUACAAAAUGACUUUCAUUUCCAGUUCUUGUAAAUCAGAGCAAAUCUUUUUCUAAGUGAAAGGUGGGAAUUUUUUUUUUAACAUCUGGAACAGUUUGCAGUUUUGAUAUACUAUGUCAGCACGCUCAUAAAUCUUUCUCCUGUUUUUCACAGACACUGUCAAAAUUUAACAGCUCUGUAAAGGAUAUUAAUAUUCUACCAAAACAAAACACCUUUAUAGUCUCGGUUUACAGUUUAGCAACCGAAAAUAUGCCCGCUACAAAAGGGCUGUACUGAGGGCUAUUUCUAAAGGAAACUUUUAUACUUUACACCCUCUGCUAUUAUCUUGAAGGCUCAAAAUCAUGAAUUUUACAGACAUCUUGAUUUACCUGAUUUUAGUCCAAAUUCCUGGGGAUAUUACUCCAUAAUCCAGGACCUUCUGCAUCGUUUCAGAAGUGCAGAAUCAGGAAGGAAUAUUCCAGCUGAUGUUUUUAGCGAGCGGUUUGGCUGCGCGUGUAGCAGCCGGGCGGUAACGGCCGAG